UUAAUUUGUGUUGUUGUUUGUUUUGGUUUUGCUUGUUGUUGUUCCCAUUUGCUCCAAUACAAACUCACAACGCUGCCGUUGUUCUGCUCAGCGCUUCAAAGCAAAACGCGUGGGAACAGCAACAACAUACCCGUGGUGUGUGCUGGAGAACCAUGGCAUCAAAGCACCGUGUGUGUGGCCCGUGGCUGGCGCUCGUGGUGUGCGCGCAGCUGUUGGCGGUGGCGCAGAUGGGGUGUGCUGUGCAGGAUGGCGGGGCGUGCGACGCUGCCUCGCUCGUAGCUUCCUUUGGAGCAGUGCCAAGCCAUGUCGUGCACAACUGCAACAAUGUUGCGCUCGGCGCCACCUGCAUUGCCUCGUGCGACGUCUCUGGCUCGUACACCGGCACGCCCCAGACGCUCGUGUGCGGCUCCAACUCCACGUUCCAAGGGUCCCUUCCAACAUGUUUUGCACCGUGCAACCCUGCGGAGGAUGAGAGCGCUAUUGUGAGCCAUGGUUGCCGCUCGCUUGUGCCUGUUGGUGACGCGUGUACCUGGGAGUGUGCACGUGGCUACGCGGGCGCAGAUGUCACCCGCACCUGCACAGCCCUAAACGCCAACACAACCGCGUUUGAUGCACCACCUCCCUCGUGCACACCUGUGCCUUGCAGCUUGCCUGCGGAAGCCGACCCGCAGGCCAUGGACUUGAGCGACUGCUUUGGUGCCGUGCACACCAACAGCUGCGUCAUUCCGUGUGCCGUGGGCUACGCUGGCGCCACCGCUGCCCUCACCUGCGACAACGGCCAGUUCAUCGGCACCCUUCCCAUGUGCACUCCUAAACAGCCCAAGCUGGUGACCGAGGGCGGCACACUUCGCGUGGAGGUCUUUGAUGACAAGCGCAUGGACCUUGCUUACAUGACCCAAAACCUCCAACCAAACGCUUGGUCUGGGCGGAUCCUGAGCGACGUUGAGAUUGAGGCGUCCAUCACCUCCACGCUGUCCACCAUCAUGGAGGAUGGCAGCGCGCGUGUGCGCACAGAGGCGAAGGUGGCGCAGAUUGUGGCCGCCAAUGUGCUCGACAGCCAGGGCGUCGUGCGCGCAGCUGUCCAAGAUGCCAUUGACGCAAACGCACCACAGGGUUCGACUCUGACAGAGUAUCUGGGUGAAGAGUUUGAUCGUGUGGAUGGCCGCAUCGACAGCCUUCAAACUUACGUGGAUGAGCAAGACGACGGCGUGCUGUCGACGCUGCGGGAUGAGCUUGCGAGCACGGUGUCGGCGGCGAGCGAUGCGCUCUCUGCUGAACUGGACGGUGUCACCAGCGCCAUUGACCGCAUGGCACCAGCCAUCGCCGCAGCAGAGCGCUGUCUCAAGUUUUGCCCUGCAGGCGAGUUUAUGAACAGGGCGUGCACGCCCACGGAAGCCAACCAGUGCCAGCAGUGCCCUGCGUUCACCUACAGCGCAACCCCAAACAUGGAGCGUAAAUGCCAGGACUGCACACCCACGCAUUGCAAUGCCGGCUCGUACAUGGUGCCCUGCGACCGCACCGUCGGCGACAGCUCGUGCGUCACCUGCCCGAGCGGCAAGUACCAGGACGCAUCGCAGCACAGAGAGUCGUCGUGUAAGACAUGUGGUUGCCCUGGGGGCACAUACCCCCUGACACCCACCUGCCCCGGCACCUCCAACUUCGAAUGCUUACCUGGAGGCAUCAAAGUGGUGGGCUACAGCUCCUGCUCGGCUGGCCAAUGGAAAAUGACGGGCGCUGAAGGAGGUUGCCGCGGUGGUGGUGCGUACCAGAACACGCAGCUCACUGGCGGUGAUCACGGAAGCAACUACGAUGUGCGCGCCACAUCCACCGUCAAGUUUGCAGCCGGAAGAUACCGCUUCUACUGCGCUGCGGAUGAUUGCUGCAGGAUUCACCUCAGUGGCCCAAGGACAUUCUACGCCAUCGACCAUGGAUGUGGAGGCUGUACGUCGUGCAACGGGCACACGCACGACCACGACAUCCCCGCGGGCGUGUACACCGUGGAAUACUACAUGCACGAAUUCAGUGGCGGUGCGUGGUACGACUUCCGCGUGUACCGCCUCUGAUCAUGAGGGCCGACCGCACAGCCAACUGCGGAACGGACCUUCUCUUCGUUUGCAGCCAGCCAUGGCAGCAUUUGGUUCGCUCACGACGAACCCACGUGCACAUCACACUUUCCUGCCCACGCCAUCGUGCAACCCAUUUCCUUGUUUUCACUGCGUCAUCCCAUCAUGGCAUUUAUUCUUUGUGUGCUUUCUUCACACGCACCACGCGUUU